UCACUUGCCUGAUAGUUCCAGUGUCAGAGGGACACGGCAGUGUGGCCCGCUCCAGGCUCUCCGCCGCUCCAGCCACUGCCACGAGCCCGUCCGCUCCCGCCCCCGGCCCAGCCCCAGCGCCCGCGCCCGUCGCCGCCGCCCGCGGGGAGGAGGAUGGAGAGGCUCUGUGCUGUCAGGGUCCCCGCGCUGCUCCUCUGCCUGGGUUUCCAUCUUCUACAGGCAGUCCUCAGUACAACUGUGAUUCCAUCAUGUAUCCCAGGAGAGUCCAGCGAUAACUGCACAGCUUUAGUUCAGACAGAAGAUGAUCCACGUGUGGCUCAAGUGUCAAUAACAAAGUGUAGCUAUGACAUGAAUGGUUACUGUUUGCAUGGACAGUGCAUCUACCUGGUGGACAUGAGUCAAAACUACUGCAGGUGCGAAGUGGGUUAUACUGGUGUCCGAUGUGAACACUUCUUUUUAACCGUCCACCAACCUUUAAGCAGAGAAUAUGUGGCUUUGACCGUGAUUCUUAUUAUUUUGUUUCUUAUCAUCGUUGUCGGUUCCACAUAUUAUUUCUGCAGAUGGUACAGAAAUCGAAAAAGUAAAGAACCGAAGAAGGAAUAUGAGAGGGUUACCUUAGGGGAUCCAGAGUUGCCGCAAGUCUGAAUUGUGCCGUCAAACUUAUGGGCAGAGAUGAACACUGUGCCCAGUUAAUAUUAAUAUUCCUAUUUUAUUAAUAAUAUUUAUGUUGGGUCAAGUGUUAUGUCAAUAGCAUUGUAUUUUAAUAUACUUGAAAAGUAAUUUUAUUUUUGUUUUAUUUUUGACAGACUAUUUGUUAAUGUAUAAUGUGCAGAAAAUAUUUAAUAUCAAAAGAAAACUGAUAUUUUUAUAACAGGUGAUUUCCUGAGCUAAAUGCUUCAUUGAAAGCUUCAAAGUUAUAUGCCUGUUGCACAGUGCUUAGAAGUAAGCAAUGCCCAGGUCAUAGCUCAAGGAUUGUCAGCAAAUGACAGAUUUCUGUAAGCCUAAAUAUAUAGUCAAAUCAAUUUAGUAAGUAUAUUUUUUUCUACUCCUCAAAUCAAUGGUAAUUGAUUUGACUGUACCAUGGUUUGAUAUGUUAGUUGACACCAUGACGUCGCAUAUCAAAACAAUAAUGCAAUUGGAAUUUGGGAGAAGCAAAUAUAUGUUCUGUGUUAAACACUAGAUGUUUGAAACAAGCUAACCCUGGGGACCCUAUGGUCUCUUCACUCUUGUCUCGACUAAACUCCAUGUCACAGGAGGAGCAGUGGACCGUUCCCUAUGCCAACCCAGUACUCCUACUGGUGCUAGUCACUCAUCUGCCAGAUUCUGUCUAUGUAAAAUAUAUUGAAAAAUAAUUUUAUAUAAUAUUUUAUUUAAGUAGUGGGCAUUUCACAGCUUCACAAUGUUCCUUUUUUUGUAUAUUACAACAUUUAUGUGAGAUAAUUGUUGUUCAUCAGACAAUUAGAAAACAGUCCACACUUGAAGCCUACAUUUGUGCUUCAAUUUAGAAUAUUUCUUUUUAUAGAGGAUUUACUGAAUUCUAACAUUAAUCACAGUCCAAAAU